AGAAGCAGCAGCAUUUUCUCCAAGCAACGAGCCGUUGGCCGUGUAUUUUUGUCGGGUUAUUGGAUACAGAUACAGAUACAACUACAGAUGCUGCGCUAAAGAUACACAACGCGACGCGUACUCAUAGAUAUUUUUAGCAGCCGGCGCACGCACACACACACACGCAGCGGCCGUACCGCUGCCGACACACGCGGCUCGCACGUUUUGGAAAAAAGAUUCUUCGAGGCUUUUCCUGCAACAAAACUCAUACUAAAUCAAAAAAAAAAAAAAUCAUACUAUAAAAACAAACAAAAAAGUUCUUAUCGAUAAUUGAAUCUCUCGCACAAACAAAUUUGACUAAAAGUUAAUACAAAAAUAAAAAAUAAAAUAAAUACUACAAAAAAUUAGAAACGAGUUUCGGCACAAACUUCGAGGAAAUGAUAACAAAAAAUUAAUCUUGAAUAAACCAAAUUUUGUUGUUGUGUUAAAACAUGCCAAAUUUAUGCAUGAGCUAACAAUUUUAAUUCAAAUACUAAGCAAAACAAGAUAGGCAAAAAAAAUAGCAAAAUAAAAAGAUUAAAAUAAGUUCGGUUUUUGGUGACUAAUUAGCUGACGCGCACCGUCGGAAUCUCAGUUCGGAAUACGUUUGGAAUGGCGCUUUAAUGAACCGAAAAUUAAAAUAAAAUCAUCGACAAAUCUUAAUCAGAGUGUGAGCCACGCCAGCACCACCCAAAACUCAGCAUCUAAAUUCAAAUUAAGCAACAACAAUACACACACACGGCAGCCAGACAUUGUUGGAUUUAUGAAAUCAAAAAGAUGAAGUCGAACACGUACGAGCUGCACAACUACGCCGACCUAAACAUGGACAGCAGUGCCGCGCAGAAGAAGGAUUCACGCAAGCGAAAGGCGGCCAGUGCCCGUGGCGAAAAGUAUUCACUGCGCCAAAAGCGACAGAAGCGCAGUGCAUCCGAUGCAGCGGAGACGGCGGAGAUGCUGGACCUCGACCUUGAGCUGGAGACCAGCCUGGAAGCAGCAGCGAGCAGCAGGCCAAACAAGAAGAAGAACAACAAUUCCAGCAAGGCCAAGACGAAAGCAGCGCCCCUGAGCAAGUAUCGCCGCAAGACGGCCAAUGCGAGGGAGCGCACACGCAUGCGGGAGAUCAAUACGGCAUUUGAGACGCUGCGGCACAGUGUGCCACAGGCCAUAACCGGCGAGGAUGCGGCCAAUGCCAGCGAGAAGCUGACCAAGAUCACCACCCUGCGCCUGGCCAUGAAGUACAUUCAAAUGCUGAGCGAUGCCAUCGAGGAUCCCAGCUACGAGAGCGAGCUCAUUGGCGAGUGUCUGGAGGAGAGCGACAACCGGGAGGCGCUGGUCAGCGUGGACACCGAACCGGAGCUGGAAGUGGAGAUGCCAGUGCCAGUGGCCAAGAAGCCCGCCAAGCCCAAGGCGGGCAACAAAAAGUCCUCGAGCGCCAGCAAACGGCAAACGCAGAAGCAGGCCAAGCAAACACAACAUCCCACGCCCACAUCCCACCCGACGACGAUGACGAUGACGACGAUGACGACGCCGUUGAGUGCCUCCGGCAGUUCGGGCGAAUCCUGCUAUGCCGCCUCGUCCAUUGGUUCGCCGGGCUCCUGUGCUGGCGCUGCCUGCUCGCCCAGCUCCGCCUACGCUUCGCUCUCGUCCUCCGCCUCCAACAUUAGCCACCGCAGCAGCAGCCAACGCAGCAACAGCAGUCCCCGCCUGGAGCCCGAUGGCAGCCUAAUGGGUCUGCAGGGACUCAGCGAACUGGACACGCUGCUGCUCGAGUCCGACGGCGAGUCGCUGCACUGUCUGAGUCCCGGCUACGAGGGCCUACUGACCAGCGGCGAGUCCAUACUGCCGUGUCGCGGCGACAUGCCCAUGCCCGGCUGCCUGGAUAAGCCGGAUGUGGAGCUGAGCCUGCGACUGCUGGAUGCGGAUCGCUCAACGGACUCCUUUGACUUUGCCAGCGAUCAGCAGCCGUCGGCCUGCAUCAGUUCGCUGGCCACGCUGGACGGCUGCUAUCCCUUUGGGGAUUUGCUGCACGGCGACUUCUCCGAUAUGUUUCUCACGUGACGCGUGCCUCCUACUAUCUCACACACGGAUUAGCCACUGUUACGCACUCGUUUUAAGCCUUAAACUAAGUUGUUAAAGUGACUCCACUUUUAGCCAUUUAGCCGUGCGAUUCAUGCGGCGGACGGAAUUCAUUGUGUCAUAGAAAAAAAAAAAAAACAGCAGCCCUUAAGUUAAAACAGAAAGAUAUAGAAAGAUCUGCACAGUUUUUUGUAUGCACUGUAACUGUAAUCCAUGACCGCAGCACCCAUACCACAUGCACAUACCCCAUACCCACACCCGAUCGAGCACCCAACUCAACUUUAGUGAACUAAGAAGAAAGCAUUUACAUUUACCUUUGUGAAGCAUUUCUCGUUAUCGUGUAUGUAAAUAAAGCACCCAGUGUUGUCCCCAUGACAAAAGCAUCAACGAAAAUUAAA